GUAAAAAAUUGUUGCAAUGAGUCCUUUUAGGAACUUAAUUCCUUCACGUCUACCUAGCAACACAACAAGACCAUACAGAUCAUGUCACCAAAAAUAUUCUGAAUACGAGAUGAAUUUGAGCCGUGGCCUCCAAGUUAGUACAAAACACAUAACGACCAGAUAAUUUAUGGUUAUUGUCUUGAUAAUUGCCUAAUUCGUUUCGCUAUUAGAGUCGUGCUGCGACAUGUCUUGCAUUACAAUCGACACAAAGAAUCCGCCUCAGUGAAAAAUAUCUAAUAGCUGUACUAAAACUUGGGUUUCAUUAUGUAUUAAGUAAAGUCCAUGAUAAACACUUAUCCCACAGUAUGUGCUUGUAAUUUACGGUAAUAUGAAUAUUAAUUGUGAACUGCCGUAACGUUAUCAUACAUUCCUUUUACUUUUUCUGUAAUUAUUUUUGACACUCAUAUUUGUCAUUUACGUAAAGUAUAUACAAAAAAAAACAGCAUUUAGAGGUAUAAAAACUUAUUAAAUCAUAUGAAACCUUCAGUAAUAUUCCAUAUUUAGUCGCGAUAAUGGCUUCGAAAAUUGCCAUAGUAACUGGUGCAAAUAAAGGCCUUGGUUUUGGAAUUGUUAGAGAAUUAUGUAAAAGAAAUGUUGAAGUGGUUUACCUUACCUCAAGAGACAUACAACGCGGAAAAGAUGCAGUAACAAGUUUAGAAAAAGAAGGUUAUAAACCUAAGUUACACCAGCUUGACGUCACUGAUGAAGAUAGUGUCAAAACAUUUGCCGAUUUUGUGAAGGCAAACCAUGAUGGUCUAGAUAUUUUGAUAAAUAAUGCAGGCCUAUUUGAUGCGAACUACUAUAAAGUAAGCUAUGAAGAUGCCAAGAAAAUUAUAGAUGUCGACGUCCAUGGAAUAAUUUUAAUGCAGAAAUAUUUCUUUCCGCUACUAAGAGAUAAUGGUAGAGUUAUCAAUAUAUCCAGUGAUUGGGGACAUAUAAAAAAUAUUCAAAAUGCCGACUGGGUGAAACGCUUAACUAAAAAGGAUAUCAAAUUGGAGGAUGUCUGUGCCUUUGUUGAUUGGUUUUUGAAUUCUAUUAAAAACAAUACGCUAAAAAAGGAAGACUUUUUUGAAAACACCGUUAUGGCUUACAGAGUAGCGAAAGUUGCAGUGUCUGCACUAACUAGAGUGCAGCAAAAUGAGGUUAAUAGAGGUAUUUCAAUUAAUUCGGUUAACCCGGGGUAUGUUAAAACGAGUAUGUCCCACGGAAGUGGGGAUUUGACGGUGAGUGAAGCCAGUGUUACACCUGUGUUUGUAGCUCUUGAUAUUGAUCAGUCCGUCAAAGGGAAAUUUAUUUGGUACGACAAAACUGAAGUUGAUUGGGCAGAUCACAGUUUAAAUCUUGUAGUUCCAUUUGAAGACUUUGAACGAGCAUUGGCCGAAGUAAUUAAAUAUUAAAUCUUAUUGUUUUAGCUCAAUAAAAAUUAUUAUAUUUUUUCCUGCAUAA